UCGUCGGUACCGACCUAAUUAAUAAUAAGUAAAAACAACAACAAAAGGAAACACGUAGAUUGAUUUAUAACGUAGUAAACAUCGGCUGUAACGAAGAACAAACAUAAACAUUUAAACGAGCCUUCUCAUAUCAGUAGUAAUUCGUCUUUAGUCGAAUGUAGAUCGGACUUAAGGAGCGCGCUAAAAGGAGGCGCGCGAUUGGUCGGCGGUCGGCCAUCUUGCUCGUGGUUUAGACCGUGCGAGAGGAUUUCGUCGGAGGAUGCGUGUUUAUCGAGAAUUCCAGUGAUAUCGGUUAGUAAAACUCGACGCGGCGGCGUUUGGUCUAUCGAAAAAUGUGUGUUUAAUUGUGUCUAACCUUGUAAGUUUGUUUUAUUACUAUUGUGUGUUGUGUGCUUUCGUAUGUGUGUGAGAUAGAAGUUGCUAAAGACGAGUGGAGAGGAAUAAUAUCGGCUACGGUCAAUUUGAAAGAGGAAGGAUUGAGGGAUCAUUAGCAAGAUGGCGCCAAUGGUUUCUACUUGAAAUGGGAGAAUGGAAAAAAAAUGGACAUCGUUUGGCCGUUUGACAGUGUUUUGGACGAGAGGAUAAACAAACGAUAUGACCUAUUCAACUUGGCUGCUACGCUUUACGAUUGAUUCAACAACGAAAACUGCGACGAACGCGGAGCUUUGGCCGAGGGAACACUUCGGCGAGACGACUUUCCAGUGGAAGAACAUGUUUUCUUUAUGAUUCGACGUACUACGAAACGUGGUUUAACUUGGCAUGGAAGAAAGAUCGUAGAGAAAUCGCGUGACCGGACUAAAAAAAUGGAUCGACUGUUGUGAAUCUAAGAAGGAAGGAAGGAAGGAAGGAAGGAAGGAAGGAAGGAAGGAAGGAAGGACGGACGGACGGACGGAAGGACGGAAGGAAGGAAGAAAAAAAGGAAGUAAAAGGAGAGGCUGGGAUCUCGAGCGAUCUUGGCGAGGCUCCCAGAGAUCUCUGGAGUUAUCGGAUAACAUCGUAGAGAGAAAAGGAAUUCGAAAUAAGAUUCGUCGAGUUUGUGUCGGUGAUGUGUCGUGAUAGGUGGUGACCCCGUGUUCGUGGCCCCGUGAGGGCGUAAUCAUCAGUGUUAUAUGUGUCGAUGGUGCAAAGGAGUCUAUACGUUGGAUCUAAAAAGGUUUGGGAUUAUCCAGGAUAUAUGUAGUAUAUAAAUUCGAAUAUAUAUAUAUCAACGGAAUCACAAGAGGGAGAGUAAGAAGAGAAGGAGGUGUGUAAAAAGGUGUUUUUGCGCAAAAAAAAAAGAGAAAGAGUUGCCAUUGUGUAGAGAGAAAGAGAGAAAAAAAGAAAAAGAGAGAGAGAGAGAGAGAGGGAGGGAGAGAGGGAGAGAGAGAGAAGUGCGCGCGCGGGUCUUGUUUGGAUAUCGAGAACACCGAAGGAGUAGCCGCGGGGUAAGUGAUGUGUUCGAUGGACGAGGCGCGUCUCGCGGGCGGUGGUCGGGGUAAAACGAACGCGUGUCGCUCGCGCUGCCAUUACUCGGGAUCCGUGAGAAAAGGCGGGCAGUCGGUGAUCAGGCUGGCGGGUGCCGGGGAAACGUUUCCAAGGGCAUGGCGACCACGCCACUAGGCGGUCGCCUCCCUAACGUUAACCGCAAAGGACCAUCCCCGUGUAUCGGUGGUGGUGGUGCUAGUAGUAACGGCAGCAUCAACAACAACAACCACAGCAGCAACGUUAGUAGCAGCAACGGUGGCAACAUCAACGGCAACAACGGCAGUCUUAGCAGCAGCAACAUCAGUGGCAGCAACAGCGGUGGUGGUAGUAGUAGUAGUAGUAGCGGUGGCGGCAACAACAGCAGCGGAAGCAGUAGUAGCGGCAGCAGCAGCAGCAUAGGAAGUAAUAGCAAUAACAACAAUAACAACAACGGUGGUAGUCAGAGAAGGCAAGAACGUAACACGGUCGGGAGAGAUCAUCAUCGGCAUCACCACCAUCAUCAUCAUCAUCACCAUCACCAUCAUCAUCAUCAUCAUCAAGGUCGAGACAAGUCAGGAGCUGCGGUAACCCCGCCGACAUCAUCCUCUAUCUCCUCUAUCUCUUCUUCGUCCGGUUCAUCCUCCUCUUCUGUAUCCUCCUCCUCCUCCUCCUCCUCUUCCUCGUCGUCGUCGUCGUCGUUGUCGUCUAGCAGUGCGUGCCAGCAGCGCGAGGCUAAAACAAGCACGGUGGCUGCUAACGCCGGUGAGCUGGAUCCGGCCGCGACUAAUGCGACCAACAACUUCGAGUACGACGACAACGAAUGGGACAUUGGCAUAGGAGAUCUCAUAAUCGAUCUUGAUGCGGACAUUGAGAAGACGAGGGACGAGAAACUGAGCUCCUCGGGGACAGGCAUGGCUUCUACGCCUGCCUCGGCAGCAUCGGCCACGAAUAAUCCGAAUCAUCAUCAUCUUCAAAACUCAGCGUCCGCUUUGAACUCGUCUAACUCGUCCAACUCGGUAUCCGGGGUCGUAUCGUCCGGCGUAGUAUCGAACGCGGUUAAUCAGUCAUCGUCCUCGUUAUCGUCCAAUUCGAAUUCGUCGAACUCGUCUAACGUCUCGUCGUCCUCGUCGUCGUCCUCCUCAGGCUCGUCCUCGUCGUCGUCCUCCUCCUCUUCGAACUCUUCCUCGUCCGGUGGUGCCGGUGGUGGUUGCGUCGUCGGUAAUUCGGGAAACGGCCGAGCCCAAAGCCCCUGUAGCUUAGGCGCAGGUGGCAACGGACCUACGGCGAACGGGCCGAUCGUCAUCGGCGGUAACAACGGUACUGGUAACAAUCAGACGAGCAACGGUUCGACCUCUUCGCAGGUGCAGCAGCUAGUUACGGGAGGAAAGCAAGGGUCCGCGACGGUAGUGGGCGCGGUAAACGCCGUGGUACACGGUAACGCCGGAAAUCCCGGCAAGAUGGCCGUUGAACAUUCGGCGACCGUCGACAAGGGCCUCAAGAUGAAGAUCAAACGUACGAAGCCCGGCACGAAGAGCAGCGAGGCCAAGCACGAGAUCGUUAAGUCGAACGAGAUCAACGGUACGGCCUCCUCCCAGGAGAGCAACAACGGAUCGUCCCAAUCGUCGAGCUCCACGUCGGGUUCGGCGACGUCGGGCUCGUCUUCGGCCUCCGUCGGGCAAAACUCUCAAAAUUCGGAGUGUGUCAGCGGUGCGGGUGGUGGUAGUGGUGGUGGUGGUGCCGGUGGUGGAAGUGGUGCUGGUAGUGGUGGUAGUGGUGGUAGUGGUGCCGGUGGUGCCGGCGGCGGUGGUAGCGGUACCACGGCCGGUCAAGCCGGUGCCACCGGACAAUCGUCUUCCUCGAACAAAUCUAAACCCAGCCAUUCGCCGGCCUCGGCGACCGGUACGGGAAAUGCGCAGUCCUCGACGGCGGGCUCGAAGCGCGGCUCGAGCGGACAUCGCCGUGAAAAGGCUCGUGACAAGCACGAGAAGCCCCAGAACAAUCACGCGCCCCAACAAUCGAAACCGGAGAUGAACGGAACGGCGAGGCCGCCGGCACCUCAGAGUCAGAACUCGGCGGGACAGGCAACCCAGUCGCAGGGACCGACGCCGGCAGCGACGGCGCCUCAACAGACUCAGGGACCACCGCCUAGCUCAAGGACCGGCUUUUCUGUCUCGCAAGGAGCCGGGCCACCGGCGACUAGCGCCGCGGCGCCCUGUCCUCCGCCGAGUCCGGCCAGCGCAACGGCAGCCGGGGCCCCGGCCAAGCCGGAACAGACCAAGGUGGCCUCCGUACCGGGACCACCCCUCACUACGCCGGCCGAGGAGGCCAUGGACACUGCGGCUAGUCCUCCUCCGGCCAAGAAGAUGAAGACGUCCAAUUCGGAACCAAAGGACAUGUCCGACGUUUGCGUUGGGACCAGCGUGGGGACCAUUACCGAGCCUGAAUGUUUGGGACCCUGUGAGCCUGGCACAUCGGUCACGCUCGAGGGUAUCGUUUGGCAUGAGACCGAAGGAGCAGGUGUAUUGGUCGUGAACGUAACGUGGCGGGGUAAGACGUACGUCGGUACUCUGUUGGAUUGCACACGACACGAUUGGGCACCUCCGAGGUUUUGCGAUUCGCCGACGAGCGAUUUGGACGCACGUACGCCUAAAGGUCGUGGAAAACGUGGCCGGGCAGCAGCAAAUUCUACACCGGGCAACGAUCUCAGUAAUUUCACCGAGACAAGGAGUUCGGUGCACAGUAAAUUACGAAAUGGCGGUGCAAAAGGUCGAAGAGGUGCUCAGGGUUCACCGGCGGCGAGUCCGAGUCCGGCUGCCUUUGUGCCGCCUAGAUCAGACCCAGCAGCUAAGAGAAAAUCUCGUGGUCCGGAAGAAGAAGAGAAGAACAAAAGACGGGCACCACCUCCUACGCCUCCUAGUGGUUCGCCUCCGGCGAGCCCGGUCCUUUUGGAGUGUCCCGAACCGAAUUGUAGUAAAAAGUACAAACACAUAAAUGGACUGAAGUAUCAUCAGAGUCACGCGCACGGUUCCGCGGACGACGACGAUACGAAAGAGGGCAUCACCAGCAUGUCCGAGAACGACGAGAGCAACAUCGAAGCUCCGAGUCCAGCCACGCCGGUGAAGUCUCCAGCGGACAAGCCGGAAGGAACCCCUGUCAGAGCGGCGAGUCCACCGGCGACGAGUUUACCGCCAGAGACACCACCGCCUCCACCUCGGGUACCUUCUCCUGGUAUAGAGACACCUAUGCCAGUUUUAACCUCGGACAAAGCUAUCGUCAAGCCUGGCGUUUUAAGGUUCGGCCAAGACGAUUUACCUGCUCCUACGUCCGCGGCACCGCCUUCCUCGAGACAACAGAGUAUCCAACAACAGCAGCAGCAGCAACAGCAACAACAACAACAACAGCAGCAACAACAACAGCAACAGCAACAACAGCAACAACAACAGCAGCAACAACAAAGUCAACCGUCGCUAACAUCGACGAAUCCACCUCAAAGUCCGAGUCCUCAUCCAAGUCAAUCUCCCAGGCCCGUGCCUUCGCCACAUCCCAGUACAAACAUACCGCAGCCACUCAAUAUACCUCAACCUCCUCAACCUUCUCAAGUUCAACAACAUCAGCAACAAAAUCCGUUGUUGCAACAAGCCCAACAGUCUCUACAAACCGGACCACCGCCUCAGCUGCAAUCGAGCCAACAGCAGCAACAACAGUUACAGUCGUCCGUACAGCAACAAUUGCCGCCGGCACAUCAGUUGCAGUCCGUGCAGCAUCCUAUGUCCACGCAGCUGGGACAACCAGCACAAGCGCACGUUAUUCAGCAGCCAACUUUACAGCAGCAACAACAAAGUUUGCAAAGUAUGGCGAGUCAGCAUCCAGGUCUUCAAGGUCUUACCGGACAAGUAUCGCAGCAAGCGAGCCUACAAACCGGGCCUCCGACGACUGGACAUCCUGGACAAGGUGUACAAUCUCACAUGCAACAGUACCCAAGCGUUUCGCUGCACACGAAGAUGCCGCAAUUCAAAGUAAAACCCACGGCGGCACUGAUGCCAGAGCAGGAUAAGAGUAAGGACCCGCGAACGCCGAAGCCGCAAGGUUACAAAAAGAAAUCGAAAAAAUCGCCCGGUGGAAGUCCGCAUCCUUCGCCUUUGGAAGCGCCGAUAGUUGACUCCGCGAGGGAAGACGUCCAAAGUCCGGCCUACUCGGACAUAUCGGACGACGCGGCGCCUGUUCUCGAGGCAGAACCCGCCGACAAGUCGAAACAGAAUCAAGAAAAGGACAACAAGACUAGCGCGCCGACGCAUCUACCUGCUCACUUUGGAAUGUACCCGUAUUACGGUCAACCUCCUUACUUGGUGCCUAGCGUUCAGGACAGCAAGUCGGUCGAUCAGAAACCGAGCGAUCUCACGCCAAAACAGGAAAUGAAACCUUUGAACAUACCGCAAAUGCCAUCGAUGGCGAGUUUGCAAAGCGUCGUCUCGGAGAAGGAAAAGAAGGAACUGAGCCAACCCUUGCCUCAACCUCAACAGCAGCCGCACUAUUACGGUGGUUACGGUGGGUACAUGCCUCCUGGCUAUCCGUAUCAGCCACCGCAAGCGAUUUCUCAACAACAACAGCAACAACAACAGAACCAACAAGUGCAGGAACAAGAGGCGCACGAGCAAAAGGCAAAGAUGAAGCAGGAACCGCAAUCGCAACAACCGAGCUUGAAGGACAAGCAACACGAAAACCAUCAGAUACUGAAGGAAAGUAUCGAGAUGAAGAGUCAAAUGAGUCCUUAUCACGUGUACCACGGCACGCAAAGUCAAAGAGCAGCGCCUCCUCCACCACCUCCUGGUCCUGUACAAGACGACAGGAGGUAUUACCUUUAUCCCGGAGAGCAGAGGCGAAAAGAAGAGUCGAGCAAACAAAGUCAACAAGCGAAAGCUCCGCCCCCGAGUCCGAAGCAUCAACCGAAGCAAGAAAAGCCGCAGGAUUUAGGCAAGAACGACGACUCGAAAAACAAGCAAGAGGGCGUGAAGCCUACCAUGGAGACUCAGGGACCACCGCCACCGCCCACGUCGCAAUACGCGUACAUACAUCCGGGAUACAUGCAGCCACAGCAUUACGGUGCGCUACCAUUCGACCCUAGCCAUCCAGUUUACAGAGGUUUAAGUCCUAUGUUGGUGCCUGGACCUUACUCGGGUAGUCCUUACCUGCAUCAGUUGCCUAGGUAUCACGCACCGGAGGAUCUAAGCCGUCCACCGGGUGGCAAGGCCCUCGAUCUUUUGCAGCACCACGCGAAUCAGUAUUACUCGGCGCACAAGAUCCACGAACUCCAAGAACGUGCCCUGAAGUCGCCGACCCCAAAGACGUCCGCGGCAUCUGCCAGUCCGUCUUCGGCAGGGCCGACACCUGCCAGACCACCUAGUGGACCACCGACCUCGGUAGCGGGCCCAGGUCCACCGCAAGGUCAAGGUCAACAGCCUGGGAAACAACAAGGACAACCUGGCGGUCAACAGCAACAAUCCGGCCCGGUAGAUACCGGUAGCGGGAACCUUGGAAAGGACAGCAGAUCUCCGCCACCUCAAAGACACGUGCACACGCAUCAUCAUACGCAUGUGGGAUUAGGCUAUCCCCUCUUAACGGGACAGUACCCCGCUCCUUACGGAGGUAAGCCUCUCGUCAGACCCUGACAGUAAGGCUUCCGGCGAUCCGCGGGAUAAUUAAGAGAACGGAUAACGAACUCCAACUCAGAUUGGACCAACGAGUCGAACGAGUCUUCUGUUGUAUGUUACGAGGAGAUCGUGUCUCUCUUUACUUGAUCGUUGGAACUCGAUCAAAACAGCGUUACGCUGGUCUCCGAACGAGAAGCAAACAUGUUGCUCUCGAAUCGUUUAGGGUCGCGAUAAGUGAGAGAACUACUUGUCCAAGUCUGAUCGAAUACCGCGCUAUAUAGUUUUCUCCUUAUUCAGGUAUCGUGGCAAGUUGUGUUAACAGUUCAAAAGACAAAAGCUCGAUAUAUCUCGACAAUAUCAAUUCGAUGAACGGAAUAAAACUAUGACUUAUUCCAAAGAGUAAAAAACUACUUUGUGUAAUCUGUUUUUGACUUGCCUUGUGUGUGUAUGUGUAUAUAUAUAUUUUUAUAUUUAUAUUUGUAUAUAUAUACACAAAUACGCAAACAUACAAACGAACGAUCAGAAAAGGGAUCACUCAAAAGCCGGUAAAAAGUUACGUGAGUUUAUGUUACCGUUCGUCGCGUUGCGUGACUCGCGUGUAUAUCCUGCGCUUCGACGGAAUGAACAAUUUUCUUCGACCGACAGUGUUUAAAAAUCGUAUCGUAUAUCUAUUUCAUGGUAGAAACGACGAAACGCGCGAUAGACGGAGAAGUGGGUAAAGAAUAAUCUCUCGGCAGAGCGUCCGCCGCACGCUCCGAGCGCGUAAACCGUGUACACCAUAUUGGUGCUUGAAAAAAAAAAUAAAUAAAAUAAAAUAAAAUAAAAUAAAAUAAAAUAAAAUGGAAAUGAAUCGAGCGAAUCAAGAGGAAAUAAUAAAAUGAAAUAAACUAGGAGAACGACGAGGAAUGCACGAAAAAAAAAAAAAAAAAGAAAACAGAUAAAAACAACAGAGCUUUCUUCUCCUUACGAAAGAGAUGAAACGAACAUUCGCGUAUAUUGAUAUAUAGCCUUCGCCGACCUAUUAUUAUUUUAUUACGAAAAA